UACCUAAAUAUUAUAUUUUGAUUUUAACUUUGUAUUUUACUAUUUCUUCAGUCUGUGAAUCCUGUCCAGUGUCCAGUCGUUGCAUUAUUAAUUCAGGAAGCUCAAAUAAAUCUUUGAAAUGGAAACAUUAAAAAGCCUCCUCGGGUUUGAGUGGGUGGACGGCAGAAGUAUUUUGAUAUUUCUGUGUAUAUUUGUGUUGUUAGCCGAUGUUUUGAAGAACAGAGUACCUUCAAACUUUCCUCCUGGACCGUGGGCUCUUCCACUGAUCGGGGACCUCCAUCGUGUCGAUCCCCGUCGGCUGCACCUGCAGUUCACAGAGUUUGCAGAGAAAUAUGGAAACAUUUUUAGCAUCCGGCUCUUUGGUGGAAGAAUCGUUGUCCUAAAUGGCUACAAGCUUGUGAAGGAGGCCCUUGUCCAAAGAGGAGAGGACUAUUUAGAUCGCCCUGUUCUUCCAAUUUUUGACAAAUUGGUUGGGAACAAAGGUCUGGUGUUAUCGAAUGGCAAUCCAUGGAAACAACAGAGGAGAUUUGCUCUUCAUACUCUGAGAAACUUUGGUGUGGGAAAGAAGACUCUGGAGCCAUCCAUCCAGCUGGAGUGCCAGUAUCUCAACGAGGCUCUUGCCAUUCAGCAAGGACAGCCUUUUAAUGCCCACAUACUGCUAAACAAUGCCGUGUCCAACAUCAUCUGCUGCCUGGUUUUUGGGGAUCGCUUUGAGUAUAAUGAUGAGCAGUACAAGAGAAUUCUUCAGUACUUCAAUGACUUGGUGUACAUGCAGGGAAAUUUAGGUGUACAGAUGUAUAAUACUUUGCCGUGGCUGAUGAAGUGGUUACCUGGAUCUCACAGGACGUUUUUCACUCUGAUACAAAGGAUCAUUGACUUUAUAGAAGUGAAGAUCAAAGAACACAGAGAAAGCUUUGACCCCUCCUCACCAAGAGACUACAUGGACUGCUUUCUCACAGAGAUGGGAGAGAAGGAGGACAAAGAGUCUGGAUUUGAUAUUGAGAAUUUGUGUUUUUGCACUCUGGACCUGUUUGGUGCUGGAACAGAAACUACUGCCACAACUUUACACUGGGGACUAUUAUACAUGAUCUACUACCCUCAUAUACAAGAGAAAGUCCAGGCUGAGAUAGAUUCUGUGGUUGGUUCAUCCAGAGUGCCCUCUAUGAAUGACAGAGAAAACCUACCUUAUACUAAUGCAGUCGUCCAUGAAAUCCAGAGAAUGGCAAACAUCCUCCCCUUAAAUGUGAUCCGCGUGGCAUCAAGAGACACCACACUGGACAAGUACACAAUCCCAAAGGGCACCAUGGUCAUGCCUACCCUGAACUCAGUUCUAAAUGAUGAGACGAUGUGGGAAACUCCACACUCCUUCAACCCUCAACAUUUUCUGGAUCAAGACGGCCAAUUCAGGAAGAGAGAGGCCUUCCUUCCUUUUUCGGCAGGUAAACGUGUGUGUCUUGGGGAGCAGCUUGCCAGGAUGGAAUUAUUUCUGUUUCUUGUCUCUCUUCUUCAGAGGUUUUCUUUCUCUGCAUGUGAGGGAGAGCAGCCCAGUCUGGAGUUUAAAUUAGGAGGCACUCGCAGUCCCAAGCCUUACCGCCUCCGUGCUGUACCACGAUAAAGCAACAACUCAAUAGUUUCACAUACAAGAUAUCACAGUGUUUCAUAGACUACAUUAUUAGCCUUCCAUCCUUUGUUACAGUCUAAUUGGUUUGUCUUUCGUGUCCCAAUACCUUCCUUUAUUAACCCUUAUACAUAUAUACAUAUAUAUAAGCAUUGGAUUAUGUUUUUGAAUGAAAAUAGUAAUGAACUAUAUUAUUGUUUGUGUGAAACUCCAUAAUGAAUUUGUUAAAUUUUCUGACAUCUGCUAAGUGUGGGAAAAAAACAUUGCAAGUAAUAUUUAGUUUGUACUGCUCAGGCUGUGGUUUUGGUCUAAGGUUUGACAGAUGAGAAUUCUCCACCUCAGUUAUGUUUAUUAAUAUGAUCAUUUAUAGGCACAUUUUAUACAAGGUAUUUACUUUACAGGACACUGGAUUUCUCAGUCCGACUGUGUUGCUUAAAGUUUGUGUGAACAAAAAUUAUAAUAAACAAUUUUGUCUUUA